CUAACUGCGUUGUAAUGUGUCCCAAAGCCCUAGGCGGCUGAGAGCUUCGGUCCCGCGUCUCGGACGCCACGUUGUCCUCCUCUUCGGCUUCGGUCCGCGCCUUGCCUGCGACCCGGCCUCGGGCCGCCCGUAUCUGGCCGCCAGCCCCGCGCGGAGGACAAGCCGGGUGACCGCGAAGAAAGCACGUGCUCGAGCGUUGUAGCGGCCGAGGGCGCGCGUAUCAUCCCCGCGCGGCGCCCAGGUCCUGCGGGGGCACCUCCCGCGCGGCGUGCGGUGCGCGCAAGGCCCGGGGCGCGGCGGGCUCCGGGGCCUUUGGCGCUCCCAGCGACUCGGGCCUCCGAGGCAGGCUCCCGGGCGCUGGCUGGCGUCGCUCUUGGCCGUCUCCUGUGCAGAGCGCGACUUCCCGGCUUUGCCGCUGGCCUGAGGAGGAGGAGACUCGGCGGCAUGUCACCCGCGCUGCCAGAGCUGACGCCUUCCGCAGGUGUGAAGAAAACCCUGCGGGAUGAGAUCGAAGCCCUUCUGCGGGAGAGGAUUAUGGUGCUGGAUGGAGGGAUGGGCACCAUGAUCCAGCGGCAUAAGCUAAGUGAAGAAGACUUCCGAGGUCACGAAUUUAAAGAUCAUGCCAGGCCACUGAAAGGCAACAAUGACAUUUUAAGUGUAACUCAACCCAAUGUCAUUUACCAAAUCCAUAAGGAUUACUUGCUGGCUGGAGCGGAUAUCAUUGAAACGAACACUUUCAGCAGCACUAAUGUCGCCCAAGCCGACUAUGGCCUCGAACACUUGGCCUACCGGAUGAACAAGUGUUCUGCGGCAGUGGCCAGGAAAGCGGCCGAGGAGGUGUCUCUCCAGACAGGAAUCAAGAGGUUUGUGGCAGGAGCCCUGGGUCCAACUAAUAAGACCCUCUCUGUGUCCCCAUCUGUGGAAAAACCAGAUUACAGGAACAUUACAUUUGACGAGCUUGUUGAAGCAUACAAAGAGCAGGCCCAGGGGCUCCUGGAUGGUGGGGUUGAUAUCUUACUCAUUGAAACUAUUUUUGACACUGCGAACGCCAAGGCAGCCUUGUUCGCACUCCAGCAACUUUUUGAAGAGGAGUAUUCCCCCCGACCUAUCUUUAUUUCGGGGACAAUUAUCGAUAAAAGUGGGCGAACUCUUUCUGGACAGACGGGAGAGGCAUUUGUCAUCAGUGUGUCUCAUGCAGACCCACUCUGCAUUGGAUUAAACUGUGCUCUGGGUGCAGCUGAAAUGAGACCUUUUAUUGAAACAAUUGGAAAAUGUACAACAGCCUAUGUCCUCUGUUACCCCAAUGCAGGUCUUCCCAACACUUUCGGUGACUACGAUGAAACUCCACACAUGAUGGCCGUGCAACUAAAGGCCUUUGCUGUGGAUGGCUUGGUCAAUAUAGUUGGUGGGUGCUGUGGUACGACACCAGAUCAUAUCAGGGAAAUUGCUGAAGCUGUGAAAAACUGUAAGCCUAGAGUUCCACCUGCCACUGUUUUUGAACAGCAUAUGUUACUCUCUGGUCUAGAGCCCUUCAGGAUCGGACCGUACACCAACUUUGUUAACAUUGGAGAGCGCUGUAACGUGGCAGGAUCCAGGAGGUUUGCUAAACUCAUCAUGGCAGGAAACUAUGAAGAAGCUCUGAGCAUUGCCAAAGUGCAGGUGGAAAUGGGAGCCCAGGUGUUGGAUAUCAACAUGGAUGAUGGGAUGCUGGAUGGUACAAGUGCAAUGACCAGAUUUUGCAACUUUAUUGCUUCUGAGCCUGACAUUGCCAAGGUGCCCUUGUGCAUCGACUCCUCCAAUUUUGCUGUGAUUGAAGCCGGGCUGAAAUGCUGCCAAGGGAAGUGCAUUGUCAAUAGCAUUAGUCUGAAGGAGGGCGAGGGCGACUUCCUGGAGAAGGCUAGAAAGAUUAAGAAGUUUGGAGCUGCUGUGGUGGUCAUGGCGUUUGAUGAAGAAGGGCAGGCGACAGAAACGGAUGCCAAAAUCAGAGUGUGCAUCCGGGCCUACCAUCUACUUGUGAAAAAACUGGGCUUUAAUCCAAAUGACAUCAUCUUUGACCCUAAUAUCCUCACGAUUGGUACUGGGAUGGAAGAACAUAACCUGUAUGCUGUUAAUUUUAUCCACGCCACAAAAAUCAUUAAAGAAACAUUACCUGGAGCCAGAGUAAGUGGAGGUCUCUCCAACUUGUCCUUCUCCUUCCGUGGAAUGGAAGCCAUUCGAGAAGCAAUGCAUGGGGUUUUCCUUUACCAUGCCAUCAAGUUUGGUAUGGACAUGGGGAUAGUGAAUGCCGGAAGCCUCCCUGUCUAUGAUGAUAUCCAUAAGGAGCUCCUCCAGCUCUGUGAAGAUCUCAUCUGGAAUAAAGACCCCGAGGCCACUGAGAAGCUCUUACGCUAUGCGCAGACUCAUGGCAAAGGAGGGAAGAAAGUCGUCCAGACUGAUGAGUGGAGGAAUGGCCCCAUUGAAGAACGCCUCGAGUAUGCCCUUGUGAAGGGUAUCGAAAAACAUAUUAUUGAGGAUACUGAAGAAGCCAGGUUAAACCAGGAAAAAUAUCCCCGGCCUCUGAAUAUAAUUGAAGGGCCUCUCAUGAACGGCAUGAAAGUUGUCGGUGACCUUUUUGGAGCUGGAAAAAUGUUUCUGCCUCAGGUUAUAAAGUCAGCUCGAGUCAUGAAGAAGGCCGUUGGCCACCUUAUUCCUUUCAUGGAAAAAGAAAGAGAAGAAAAUAAAAUGCAUGCUGGCAUAGAAGAAGAGGAGGACCCCUACCAGGGCACCAUCGUGUUGGCCACCGUGAAAGGGGACGUGCACGACAUAGGCAAGAACAUAGUUGGCGUUGUCCUUGGCUGCAAUAAUUUCAGAGUUAUUGAUUUAGGGGUCAUGACUCCCUGCGACAAGAUACUGAAGGCUGCCGUUGAGCACAAAGCAGAUAUAAUAGGCCUGUCAGGACUCAUCACUCCUUCCCUGGAUGAAAUGAUUUUUGUUGCCAAGGAAAUGGAGAGGUUGGCUAUAAAGAUUCCGUUGUUGAUUGGAGGGGCGACCACAUCGAGAACCCACACGGCAGUUAAAAUAGCUCCAAGAUACAGUGCGCCCGUCAUCCACGUCCUGGACGCGUCCAAGAGUGUGGUGGUGUGCUCUCAGCUAUUAGAUGAGAAUCUCAAGGAUGAAUAUUUUGAGGAGAUCUUAGAAGAAUAUGAAGAGAUCAGACAGGACCAUUACGAGUCUCUCAGGGAGAGAAGAUACUUAACCUUAAGUCAGGCUAGAAAAAACGGUUUCCAUAUGGACUGGCUGUCGGAGGCUCCUCCAGUGAAGCCCACGUUUCUUGGGACUCGGGUCUUUGAAGACUACGAUCUGUGGAAGCUGGUGGCCUACAUCGACUGGAAGCCUUUCUUUGAUGUCUGGCAGCUCCGUGGCAAGUACCCGAAUCGGAACUUUCCCAAGAUAUUUAAGGACAAAACUGUAGGUGAAGAGGCCAGAAAAGUCUAUGAUGAUGCCCAAACCAUGCUGACGGCGCUGAUUGGUCAAAAGAAGCUCCGAGCCAGGGGCGUGGUUGGGUUCUGGCCAGCGCAGAGCGUGGGAGACGACAUCCACCUGUACGCGGAGGGUGCGGAGCCCCAGGCUGCAGAGCCCAUCGCCACCUUCCACGGGCUCAGGCAGCAGGCCGAGAAGGACGCCGCCAGCGCAGACCCCUACUACUGCCUCUCAGACUUCAUCGCGCCACUGCACUCGGGCGUCCGCGACUACCUGGGCCUGUUUGCCGUUGCCUGCUUCGGGGUGGAGGAGCUGAGCAGGGCCUAUGAGCAGGAGUGUGACGACUACAGCAGCAUCAUGGUCAAGGCCCUGGGAGACCGGCUGGCCGAGGCCUUUGCGGAGGAGCUCCACGAGAGGGUCCGCCGGGAGCUGUGGGCCUACCACAGCCACGAGCAGCUGGACGCCGCCGACCUGCGCAGGCUGCGCUACGAGGGCAUCCGCCCGGCUCCUGGCUACCCCAGCCAGCCCGACCACACCGAGAAGCUCACCAUGUGGAAACUGGCCGACGUGGAGCGCUGCACGGGCAUCAGGUUAACAGAAUCUUUAGCGAUGACACCUGCUUCAGCAGUAUCUGGCCUCUACUUCUCCAAUUUGAAGUCCAAAUACUUUGCAGUGGGGAAAAUUUCCAAGGACCAGAUUGAGGAUUAUGCUUUGAGGAAGAACAUGUCUGUGGCUGACGUUGAGAAAUGGCUGGGACCCAUCUUGGGAUACGAUACAGAGUAACUUCUAUUUAAAAAUCCUUUUUUGCACUUGAUCCUCACGGAAAUACAAUCUAGAGUGCCUUUAAAAACAACAGUAGCAACAGACAAGUGGGUCUCAGGUCUCUGUCCUGUGACAUUUGCUCUGCCUCAGGGUUCGGAAGAUUGACUGGUGGGACCGUGUGGAGGAUCAGGGCCUUCCUGUGUCCUUGGGAAACCAGAGUCUUUUCCGGGGGGCCUUGACUGAGGAGCAGUAAGCCGGUGUCUCCAGCGGUGUCCCCGGUCUUUCAGGGACAAGGAUAAGCUGGAGAUAGAGGUCUUUUGCAUUUCAAAGCAAGGCAGUUUGCUUGUUUCAUUUUUACUCUGGGUUGAGAAGGCCUCUUAUUUUUUUCUUUUUCUCGCUCUCUUAGAAAAGAGCCUGAAGCUUAGCUGAAUAGAGAAAUGUAUAGAAAAAUGUGACCCCGGAGCAAAAUCACACUGUGUGAAGCGGGUGUUUUAAUCUAGAAGGGUGCAGUGAUGAACUGACAGGGAACGGAGUGCGACCCUGUGCUCUGUCAGGAAGACCCCAUCUUCGAAAGUCGUGAUUACGUGGGUGCAGAGUCCCCUUGGCAGGAGGCCGUUGACUAGCCGUUUGCCCCUGUGUGGCCAAAUACGGUGGGUUCUCCUACCAUUUCCAUCUUCUAAUUCCUCAUUCCCUUGCCCCGAGGGGGAAGAGGAGAUAGGGAGAUAGCAGGGCUGCUGAGGGUCGCUAACAUCUCAGAGCUGUUUUCUGGAGCGGAGCAGGCUUCCUGGCCGAGUUGUCCUGGGUGGAGUUGGAUGGGUGAAGAGCACUGUGAUCCCACUCAGUCUGUCUGCACUAACCCAGCUGCAGGUUCCUGCAGUGUAGACCUGGCCCCCCAGGGCUGCUUGGUGAACGGUAGCCUCUGUGGGGUUCAGGGGGUAGUGCCCCGAGCUCGGCACGCAGUGAGUCCUCCUGGGAAGGGUGGCAGAUUGAUGGAGGUGGAAAGACACUGGGGAGUGCGGGUGGUGAUGGCGGUGCUGACUGCACGAGAGGCCCUUUCUGGGAUUAGAACCCCGUUUACACUGCGGCUAGGACAGAGAGCCUGCCUGCCGGGUCCCGUGAACCUUGGUACCCAUUUUCUGUGUGACGGCCACCUCCCUCACUCUCGGGGGGUGAGCCGGCCCCGCUUCCCAGAGCAGCUCUGUCAGAAGUGCAUUCAAGGACCUUGGAGGUGAAGGGGGAACUGUAGGAAACGAGACCCCCGCGCAUGUGCAGCGUGCACACGCGGACGCACAGAGCCGCCCCCCUGUCAGCCAUCCCGGGCCCACGAGGCAAAAACAGCCAUGGACUUUACGUGCACUUGGUCUCUUGAGUGAGCAUGGGACUGAGUUUCCCCAGGCACUUAGCUGGAGGACUUACUUUCGGUUCCAUAGCAGGUGUGUCAUUCUUGGUACAUUCUUCUGUGAGAAAGAAGACCUCCUCCGGGUAGUUGAGUGUAUUUUGUCAGAGUUACAGUUGUUAAGUCUCCUGAUUUCAUUCGAUAGUUGCCAUCUCUUCCCUCAGCUGGUUAUGUGGUAGAAUGGCUUCCUUUUUUGUUGUUGUUGUUGUUAAGUUUAUUUAUUUAUUUCGAGAGAGAAUGGGUGAGCGAGUGUGAGCGAGCAAGGCCAAGAGUGUGACCCAAGCUGAAAGACGCUUAACCGACUGCCCUUAGAAUGGCUUCCUUAAAUGUACUGUUUAUAUAAUCCCAUGACGGAUGCCUUUUUUCCUAGAGACAGAAACAAUUGGUGCGAGUUCGAGUGCCUGUAGGUUCAUGAAAGAAUGUAAGCUACAGGUUGAAAAUGAAAACCCCUCCCUUCCUAAAUGUCAGGCCACUUCGAAGGCAGGGAGGUGGCCGUUCUGAACGCGGGGUCUUUUCCAUGUCGGUGCCUGCAUGUCCAGAAUCUCUUGUCACCAUCUGUGGGCGUCGUCAUUUCACUGAGGAUCCCACCUUAUUUUUCCUUCCAAAGAGGCCCUUGCUUGGAAUCUUCCCCUCUCUCUGCUGCACUGAGGAGUCUGAUUUGUCAGGUGGUGGUGAGAGCAGGUUUAUGAAACCCCACUUCCUCCUUUGAGAUGUUCCCCGACAUCCUGUCUACAUUUAUGGCUGAGUACACAUAGAGAGUAGUCCGCCUUCUUUCUGGUUCUCUCUGGUAUGCAUUCUACAUAUAGUGCCUCCCACCUUCUCCCCGCUUCUCUCCUGAAUCCAGUGAGGUUAGGUUUUUACCUGCCUCUCCUGGCAUCAGUGACCUCUCGGGUCAGACCCAGUGGCCUUCCCAGUGAUUCUCAUCCCUGUGGGCUUGAACAAUACAGACCACUUCCUUCAACACCCUCCUUUCCCUGCUUCCCCCCCUUGACACCACUCUCUGAUUCUCCUUCUGUGUCUCUGAUUACUUCUCAGCCAUUUUCCUAGUUUUUCUUCCUCUGCCCAUUUAAACCCUGGUGUCCUCAAGGGCCAGUCAUCAGCGACCUUCUUCGCCGGUAUAGUUUCAGUGGACGAUCUCACGGACUCAGUGUCUCCAUCUAAGCUUGUCCUGCAGAGCACAGCAUACAUCCCACAGCCCCUUCCAGGAGGGCACGCAGACACCUCAGACCCAGAGUGUCUCACCUUCUCACAAAUGGUGAGAUUCAGUCAUGAACAAUAGUGCUGUCGCUCCAGCAAGAGCCCUCACACUCAGCCCAUAUCGCCUUUGGCUUACACUGUAGCAGGUGUCCGAAGAGUUAGCACACAGAAGACACGGAGCCUACUUUAGUGGGGAUGGCGGUAGAGAGACAUCGGGAAGGCGAUGCUUAGACGAAGGCCUGAUCUGGGACCCGUGGGAUAAAGGUGAAGAUGCAGGGUAGGAACAAGUGAAGAGCCGUCUUUGUUUGUGAACAGGAAUAUUAAUGCGGUAUAGGUAUCACAUCUCUCCAGAUUGGUCUAUAGGUUCAAUGCCAUUUCCAACAGAAAUUACAGUAGUGGUUUUGUCACAUGGGACAGGCAGAUAUUUAAAUUUAUGUGGAAAAAGCAAAGCACUCAGAAUGACUGGAUGCUUCUAAACGGGAAGCAGAGUUUACGAGGUAGUGAGUUUUGUCGUACGUGGUGCCGAGAUGGGCAUGCUGAGCAGUGCCGUGAAAUACGGAGCCUGGAAAAUAACCCUUGUGCGUGUUGACCUUCGAGACAAGGCGGUGGUGGCUGGGCGCAUAAGAGACAGGCAGGAUGACUCCAUCUGUGGCGCAGAGCUGUGCCUACCGUAUGGAAAGAGCGAAAUUUGAUUUCUGCCUCAUGUGUUGUCUAACAACCAAUUCCAAAUAUAUUAAGGUCUUAAAUACAAAAAAAAAAAAAAAAAAAAAAAAAAUAGCGUUUACACGCGCAAACCUUAGGGCAGGAAAGAAUCCCCUGAGACAUAAAGGACUAAUCACAAAAGAGAAGAUGAUUGUAUCAACUUUUUAAAAUAAAGACUUACAUUAAGCUGAUAAACCACUUAAAGUAGGGAAAAGACAAGUCCUGACUAGAGGUGUUUAUAAUACAAUUAAUUGACAAAGGAUUAGCAAGCAGAAUAUAUGGAGGGUGCCUAUUUAAGAAACA